GUAAAUUUGCUGGCAUUAUUAUUUCCUCCUUUCCCUCCCUUUCUCUUUCUACAUAAUAAUUAAAUAAAAAAAUGUCCCUUUUGCUUUCUGUUUUGGGGUCACACUUGCCACAUUCUUCUUCAUACCCUGGAACCACACCACACCACACCACAAUACCUUUCAGUUACAUCCCAAAUCCCAAUCUUGACUGCACUGUUUCAUUCCCCCCUCUACUGGGAAAACAAAUUCCUCUCUUCUUUUUUUUGUUUGAUUUUUUGUAUUUAACAUUGCUUCCGAAUAGCUAAAAUUCAAGAAAAUUGGAGUUCCUAGCUCAAAAAUAAUGAAUCCCACAGUAGUGAUUUGAGAGGAGGGUUCAGGUUGUUGGAGUGCUGAGGAUGAGUUUGAGAGAAGAGAGUGGGGAAGGGGGGAGGAGAAGAUUGGGUGUGGGAAGGAGCAGGGGUGUUCUUGUGGCUGUUAAAGCUUCCAUGAAUGUCCCAAGAGAUGCCCUUGUGUGGGCCCUCACCCAUGUUGUUCUGCCUGGAGAUUCUGUUAAGCUCUUGGUGGUCAUUCCAGAUCAUCAUUCUUCAAGUAGAAAACUGUGGGGAUUUCAGAGAUUUGGCAGCGAUUGUGCAUCGACUAACUGGAAUUCGUUCUCGGGAACCCCUGCAGAUCAAAAGGAUUACAUCACGGACUCGUGCGCCCAGCUCGUGCUCCAACUUAAUCAUCUUUUUGAUCCAAAUAAAGUAAGGUUGAAGAUCAAAGUCAUUUCUGGGUCAGACUGUGGGAUUGUUGCUGCAGAAGCCAAGAAAACUCAUUCUCAUUGGGUGGUUUUGGAUAAGUAGUUUUCCUGUUUGUUUUUUUUUUGGGUUCACACUCAUUACCAUUUCAUUGUUAAUUACUCCGUAAAUAUAGCCUAGUAAAGUAC